AUGGAUCGUUACCCCUGCGUCAACAGAUACAAGCAUGGCGUUGACUGCCCUGGCUGGGUCAAUGUCCAUGGCGCGCGGUGCGAAGAUUGCGUCGUCGUAUGUAACAAGCCUAAACACCCACGAACACUGCUGACCCUGGACAGUACAACCGCUAGGCGCCAGUUUGAUGUUGCACUCGAUCGUCAAGAGGGCUGGGUAGAGGGACAAGUAGCCAUGGAUUCAACCAGUCAAGAGAGAUUGCUCUCCCACAAUUAA